UGGGGAGACAGAAGCCAACAGAGAGCACAGGGUUCAGGGUCAUCUAGAUAUUCCACUGAGUUCAGUAGGAGAGAAGCAAGCAUCACAGGCUGGAGCAAGUUUAUGCAAGACAGCAUUUACACGAGCAUACACAAGUGAUUUGUGCAGAGCAUAUUCAACUUGUGAGCAUAUUCUUAAGGAAAAUUCCUGUAUAUCACCCUCUAUAAAAGUUGAUACCAGGUUGCGAGAAAGGAAUUUUGGGAGUGUGGAAGGUAUGAACAUAGAUGAUGUUAAGAGCAUGGCAACAGCAGAGGGUCUUAUGUGGACAGAAUUCACUCCUCCAGGAGCAGAGACACUUGGUGAUCUUCAAGCUAGAAUGGUAUCCUUCUUGAAGGAUAUGAGUCAGUCUGUGUAUGACAAAAAUAGGCAGCUGUCACAUGACCUUGAAAAUGGGUAUGAAGACAGAGAAGAUAUAGAGGAUAAGGAAAAUUUAAAGACAUUAGAAGAAGCCGAACCUGUGGAAAAGAUCUUGGUUGUGGGCCAUGGAGCAGCCCUCAAACAGUUAUACAUUCAUAUUCACAAAACCCUGGGCUGUCAUAAUCCUGGUGAACCUGAUGCAUUUAACAAAAUUUCUCCAAAUACUGGAAUUUCAGAGUAUAUAAUAAGGUAUCGCCCAAAGAAAUAUACACUACAUUGCUUACGAAUCCACGAUGGAGGCCACCUGCAGGACCCUUGAUGGAAAUGUGUGUAGUCCCACGAUAAUGACUUUUUUUUUUUUAAUUUAUCCCUCAGCAGUUUUUAAAAAUUUUGAUUUGACUAAAGUUAUUAUAAUUACUUAAUUAUGCUAAAAUAUUGAUGUCAUGGAUGUACUGUAUACAGUAUAUAGAAAUGUCUUAUUUUUAUGUCCAGUAAACUCUUGAUUUAACAGACCUUGAUUUGACCAGUUUUGGAAAUUGGGACAAAAUCUGCUGGUUACAGAAUUCUUUAAUAGUUAUGAUCACAGCAAAACAAUUUAAUCUUUAUCCAUCAUAAUUGCCAUUACUGGCCACUGGCUUUUCCCUCUAUUUGUUAAACCAAAGGGUUACUGUAGUUGAUUAUUAAUAUUUGUGUGAUGGUGUAUUAGUUGGCUUUUAAAUUGUAAUGCAUCUUGAUGCUUUACUCACUUUUAUAAUAAUGCGGAACCUCGGUAUGCAACCUUAAUUCAUUCCAGAAGGCUGUUCAAGUGCUGCUCUAUUUGAGAAUCAAACAAAUUCUUCCCCACCAGUUUUGUUUGGUUGGCUGUUAUCGCUUAUCAUCAUAGGCUCCAUGGUGACUUAUUUAUAGAAAUAAAAAAGAACGCCAAAAAAUGCAAACAUGAAAUAGCUCACAGCGAAGUUCUGGCAGGUCGUAUUUGUUUGGUCGAGUGCUGAGCUUUGUUCGAGUAGGGAGCUGAUCGUAUACCGAGGUUCUACUGUACACUGUUUCUUUUAAACAAGUGUUAAAAAAAAUUACUGAUAGUAAAUUGCACUUUAGUAUGCAUACAUUAUUCAAGUAUUAAUUUAAUAAAAAAAUGUAGCAACAGUUUUUUAGUAAAUAUAGUAUUCCUGCAUUA